GGCAGGCGCUAGCAAUUUAUGGGAAGUGAUGAACUGUCCAGUUGGUGAAGUUAAUGUGAAAAUGGGUGCUGAUGAUGACAUCAGUCAACACUCAACAGGAACUGUGAAGACUGAGCCUCUUUUUGAGCACAAUUCAACAAUCCUUAAGCGAGAAAAACUUGAAGCAUUAGAAGUUGAAGAAAGGGAUCUUUUUCCUCUUUUUCCUACAGACGAUGUGGAGGAGUAUGACGCCUACAACAACAUUGCAGUGGAGGAGGAGCCUCCCAGGCAAGAUGCACCUCUUGCAGUUCCAGAUUUUCAGCAGCCAAAGCCUCAUGGUGGAGUUGAACAUCAAGAAUCUGGCCUGUCUCUCCUGAACAAAAAUGCAGAAUCUAAAGGACCUGCCUUGCGUUCGAGACUCAGGCCCUGCGCAGUUGUGAUGACAGCGGCAGGCUAUUCAGGCGACAGACGCACAACUACAUCGACUACCAAGAAAACGACUACCAGGAAAACCAGUGCCAGGCAAUCCAUUACCAAGCGAACCCAGAUGCGGCGAGCAACAGGUGAAUCAGACUCUUCCAUGCAUUUGAGGCUGAGGACUCGAAAGAGCAACAGUUCAACCGAAAAACUGCUUAAAAAUUCAUUAAAAACACUUGAAAAGAAGCAGUAUGUGUGCGUUAAAUGUAAGUAUGCUUUCUGGAGAAAAUGCGAACUGAAUAGACACGAGAGAAAUCAAUAUGUGUGCGGUAAAUGCAAGAAUACUUUCUGUGGAGAACGGGCACUGAAUAGACACGAGAUAAUUAUUCAUUUGAAACUAAAAACAUAUAAAUGCUCGACAUGUAACCGAGUUUUUAUACGUCAACAUCAUCUGACAGCGCAUAUAACUGCAGCUGCCUGCAAUUAUUGAUGGCCAAUGCCACUCAUUUGAAGCCGCGGUCCAACUGAAGUCUUUCCACCGGAAAAUAAUUAGUUUGUAGAGAGCAAUGGAACGCUAGGACCAGGUUUUGAAUGGAGUGUUUGAGACGCAUUCACCAUUAAACGUCAGAAUAAUAACAGUAAACCAAGCCAUUGCCAGUACUUUUAUUAUUGUGCUUGAUUUUAGCUCCCAACUUCGUCAGAUGUGUGCAGAAAAUGUAACUCUUGAUUUAUGGGCUUUCCAUACACCAUAGGAUAGGAAAUCAUUCUUAUUGCAAUCUUCAAUUAAACCUCAGCCCAAUUCAAGGAAAUCAACUAUUGCUCCAUUCUCAGUGUGUGUCUCAGGAUAAAGGAUUGAAUAGUUACCCACUCAUAUAUGCAACUUUGUGUUCCACUAAUUAUUAAUUUUAAUAAGCGGAAAGAGGCAGAAGUCUCGCAUCACUUAUCAACCACUAAUUAUUAAUUUUAAUAAGCGGGAAGAGGCAGAAGUCUCGCAUCACUUAUCAA